AUGGCAGCCAGAAGGGGUUUGAAGGCAGAAGAAAGGAGAUGGUGGAAGACGUGUCUGCUUUUCAUAAUUUUCGCAUUCAUUGGUGCUAGUGCUCAAGAUAUAUCGGCGUGUUGCAAUGAAGCCUCGGGAACGUGUCGUAGCGUUUGCGAGAAGAUGUCCCUCGUGGAGAUAGCGUCGGACUCUGCAAUGCGGGAAGAGAUAAUACGCAACAUUCAUAAGUUUUGUACACCACAUUCGAUAGAAUUCUGGCAAUGUAUGAACCAAACUAUACAAGAAGUAGUAAGUGGAUCAGGUUGGUGGGGCCGCGCGUGUUGUGCUCUAGGACACCACACGCCGUGUCGCCACGCUUGCGCCACAGCAUCCGACGCUACAGAAUUAACAGAACCAUGCCGCCGCUCUGAUGAGAUUGCUCUCUUUGACUGCAUACAGAGACAACAAGAGGCGCAAUGGUGUUGCUCUCAAACUCAAUCCUUGUCCUGCCACGAAGCAUGUAGACGCGCAGUUUGGAAAGUCGGCCAAACCCGCGCUGAUAGCACCACGAGGGAACGUGCUAUCGAAUUGUGUGAACAAUCACCACAGUUAUUGAACUGUGUAAGGGAUCUUACUGCUUCUUCAGUCCAUACUGAUACUUCUAAGUAUUUACCGUGCUGCCAUGAAUCGAAAAUUCCAGAAUGUCGUAACACAUGCGAAACGAUAUUGAAAAGGACUGGCGAAUCUCAAGAGAUAGCAGAAGUAUUAUCGGUAGAAUGCGGCGCUCCCGCAAUACAUGACGGCAUGUGGCAGUGUUUUCUUAGAAAAGACGCACCGCCUGAAACCAAAGAUGUUAUACCACAUGAUGUAGCGAAGUUACAUUGUUGCUCAAAGGGUGCAACCAUUAACUGUCGACGACUUUGUUUCAAUACAUUUAACAAUGGCUGGCAGUUGAAUUGGCAAAAGUUUUACUCAGAGUGUCUCGGUGAUCCGCAGGAGACUGAAAUGGCUGAAUGUAUAGAAGAAGUGGAGGCUCCAUGUUCUCUUGGGUGCGGGGGACUGACGUACUGCAGUCAGCUCAACAACAGGCCUAAGAGUUUGUUCCGAUCAUGUUCGACUCCGGCUGACCUCGAUGCGCACUUAGCUGUGGCGGAACAAAAGGGAAGUGGACUUGUAACAGUAGCAGGACUUCGACUGCCAUUGAAGAAUUCAACGCAAUGCACCGCGGAUGUGUGGAAGAGCGUAGCUUGUGCGCUGCACGUCAAGCCUUGUACUGUUAAAGGUCACAGCAGUCUCCUUUGCAUGGAGGAUUGUAAGCGCUUAGUAUCGUCGUGCGUGGAGUGGUCGCGCGCGUCGCUCUCGGCGACCGCUCUUUGCGCUAGAAUAGCGCCAUCUAAUGAAAACUCGCCUUGUGUGUCUUUGAGGGAAUAUAUGUCACCCAGCACAGAACCACCGUUGUUAUCUGCGGAGGAAAUGGUGACGUCUCCGUGCGCGGGAUCUCCUUGCAACUCGACUCAAGUGUGUCUCGUCAACAGGAGCUGUCGCCACGGUGGCUCGUGUCAGCGGUUUACUUGCGUUGAUGGAUGCCCUUUAGGAGACGGAAGUCAGUACGUGGUGCCGCUGGGCGCGUGGGUGCGCGUGCCGAUGCCGUGCGGCGCGCAGCGCGCCUGCGUCAAGGUGUGCGAGUGCGGCGGCGCCGGCCUGGCGCGCUGCCAGCCGCUGCCCGCCGUCGCGCUCGACGACUGCCGGCUGCACGAUAAGGAUGUCAAGCAUGGCGACAAAUACUACAUGGAGUGCAACUCGUGCGCGUGCGUGGCGGGCGAGCGCGUGUGCGCGCGGCGCGCGUGCGGGCGCGCGCUCACCGGCCUGCCCUGCAACUGCCCGCCGCACCACCUGCCCGUGCACUCGCCCGGCCGCCUCUACCCCAACGUUUGUCUCGCUAAAUGUGCAGGCACCACAGAUGCAGAAAUCGAAUUCGGCGCUCGGGACGUGUGCGCGCGGGCCGGCGGCGCGGGCGGCGCGUGCGGCCGCCACCGCGCCUGCCUGCCGCGCCGCUCCGUGUGCCUCUCGCGCCUGCAGACCGCGUGCCCGCAAUAUAAGUGUGUGAACACGAGCCGGUGCGCGUCGCAGCCGGCGGCGGCGGUGUGCGACGGCGCGGGCCGCACGCACCGCAACCCCUGCAGCCUGCUCAUGAGCGCGAGCAACUUCGCCUACUGGGGGCCCUGCUUGGCCGGCUGCUCCUCUACUGGCACAGUUUGUGGUGUCAAUGGCGUCACUUACUCCUCAGAGUGCGCCGCGUGGUCGGAAUACGUCAGUGUGGAUUACAUCGGACCUUGCUACGCCGUCGGCCCCAUAUCUGACGUGAUGGAGCCUAAAUGCCAGUUCGACAGAAUCAUAUGCCCUCCAUUAAAGGCGCCUAAUUGCCUCGGUUUUACAGCGCCUGGGGCUUGCUGCCCCAAAUGUGGUGGGGCUCUGAGGAUUUUAUAUUCAAAGAAACAAAUCGAUAGAGCCCUAUAUGCAACUAAUAUAUCCGCAACAGUGAUUAACUUACACAAUGUACUGUCAGCAUUAGAUAGACACGUGAAGAUAGCUGAAUGCGUUCUCAGAGGAUAUUUGACCAUUGAAACUGAAAUUUUUGUCACCGUAGAAUCUGUUUUGACGAAUCCGACAGAUUUGCAGUUAGAAGUAUGUAUUUUGGAAGCAGAAAAACUAGCUGAUCUCAUAAAUCGAGAAAGUUCUUUAAUAACUAGUGAUUUAGGACUCAGUGCGUUGUCGUACGCAUUAACUGUUCACACUUACCCAACUAAAGGUGCGUCUACUGUAAGUUUAUCCAUUGCUGUAUUAUUUACUUACCUCAGCUUUUUAAUUCUGAGA